CAUUAAAAAUGUAAAAGCUGUUUAGCGAACUGACGAACUUAUAUAUUGUUGGUCCUCACGCUAGAUUGACGGAAUUCGUGGUUUUCCGCCGCGCUGAUCAUCUACCAAGCUAAAUUGGUAGUGGUUUCAAAUACAGUAUAAACAGAGCUAGCUAGCAGGCUAUUUAGCUACGUACACUAAUGUGUGUUACGUAACACGUCCAGCUGUGUAUGUGGAUUUAGUUAUACUAUAUAUUUUUUUUCUAAUUAGCUUAACGUCCCAGAUUGCAGUAUCCAGUCACGCGUUUAGCGUAGCAGCAUCUCUUAAGUAGUGAGCGAUGGCCAGCCUGUCAGCCCAGCUGGACCAGGUGAGGGGGCGGGGCCAGGCCUGCCUGUCGUCCUCAGGCUCCGCCCAGGAAGUGAGGGCGGACGUCGUGGCGAUGGCCAACAUUCCUCUCCCGCUCUCCGCCAAGUAUCGACACGUCGCCGCGGAAACCAUGGUGGCAGAAAACGGCGCCGGCAACAACAGGCAGGAGAGUCUGUCCUCCCUGCAGAGGUUGUCCACGGCGCUGAACAUCCUGGAGAAGUACGGCUGUAACCUCACCGGCCCCAACCGGCCCCGAUACUGGCGCAGCGUCAAGCACAACAACCCCGUCUUCAGAGCCACUGUGGAUGCCAUCAGGGGUGGCAGGGCUGUGCUGGGUCUCUAUGGUUACUCCAACCAGCAGCCGGACGGCCUGAGCUUCCCUGAUGACGUCACGGAUCCUGACGUUGAGAAGGUUUCCGGGGUGACGCUGGAGGUCAUGACCCUGCGCAUGGAACUGGACAUGCUCAUCAAGGAAUCCCAUCCUCACCCGGAGUUCUUUGAAAGAAUCAUUCCCGCUCUCUGCCACAAGGGGGAGACACGUGAUCAGAACGACGGCCGGCUGGUGACGGAUGCGAUGGCGGUCAUCCCGUCCGGCGAAAGGAAGUGGGAGAGGGAGGUGCUCCCCCUGUCUCCGUCCCUCCCCCCGAUACCUGCACUCAGCCCCAGCCUCGCCCCCGCCUCCCUGCGCCCCACCCUCGGCCCCGCCCCGGGCCCCGCCCCGGGCCCCGCCCCGCAAGCAGGGGACUGCAGUCUGUGUGGCGCCGCGUCCUCCCUCCUCUGCCCCCCCUGCGGCUCGAUUCCCUUCUGCGAGUCGUGUGACCUGGUGUUCCACCGCCACCCGAGCCGAGCCAGUCACAAGCGCGAGAGCACGCAGGUCCGGAAGCCUGACAACUGCACCAUAUGUGGUAUAUUCCCAGUCUCCGCCCACUGCCCGACCUGCGUCCAGCGGCUGUGCUCGGAGUGCGACAGACUGUACCACUCCCACCCGGAGCGCGGGGGUCACAGCAGAACACCGGUGACCUCUCUCAAACCGCCCAAGGCCUUCCGCUCUGCCCCGUCGUCAUGGCAGUGUCCUCACUGCACGACAGUGAACGAGCUGCAUGAAGUGCUCUGUGUGAGCUGCGACCGGCCCCGGCUCGCUACUGCCACCGCUGGCCAGGAGGAGGCGCUGCAGCCGUCCACCAUCACAGAGUGGCAGUGUAGGAGCUGCACGGUGGUGAACGCGGGCAGCAGUAUCCUGUGUGAGGUGUGUGAGCGCCCCCGUCUGGCCACCCGGCCCCCGCCCGCGCCCGCGCGCCCCGCCCCGCCCACGCCCGCGCGCCCCGCCCCGCCCACUCCGGACCUCCCGCGGGACGCUGGGACUCAGUGGGUGUGUCAGUUCUGCACCUACGCUAACUCCGCCCUCUCGUGCUCCACCUGUGAGAUGUGUGAUCUGCCCCGCCCUGACCCCGCCCCCGCGCCCGCCCCCGCCAAACUCCCUCCGUCGCCAAUCAAAGAGCUGCCCCCGUCGCCAGUCAAGCCCCCGGCCCCGCCCACCGAGGACCCUGAUUGGAAGAGACAGAAGCUGAUGAGGGAGGAGGGGCAGAGGCUCAUCCAGCUGAUCAGAGAGGGGGAGAAGAGGGGCGUGAGCCCGGAGGAGAUCUACACCAGCGUGCGUGUUUCCGGGGGCGACGGCGCGGCCCCCUGCGAUUGGCUGAAAGCAGAGCUCCCCCACCUGCUGGACCAGAUCUGCGCCAUGGCCGCCUCGGUGCGGCAGGACUACAGAACAGGGCAUUCUGGGCCGGCGGACCCCGGGGGCGGGGCCGUGCGGCUGUCGCGGGCUGAGGGCAAGCAGGCCUGGCUGUCAGCAGGGGGCGACACCGAGCGCGCCGUCCAGCUGGCUCUGAGGGACCGCCGCGCCAGGGUGAAGGAGCUGAGCUUGCUGGGCUUCAGUGACAUGUCCAGGUGUGAGGAGGCCUUGCGUCUGAGUGGGGGGGAGGUGCGGGGCGCGCUCUCUCUCCUCCAGCGCCCCCUGCUGGAGCCCUUUCACCAGCGCAUGUGGAGCGAAGCGCCAGAGCCCCGCAUCGACAUCAACCACCCCGACAAGCAGAGAGUGUGCCGGAGGCUGCUUGCAGUAUAUGAGCUGCCCAGCUGGGGGCGCUGUGAGCUGGCUCUCUCUCUGCUGCAGAGCCCCGGGGCCCAGUACACUCUGGAGGAUGUGCUGCAGGCCGUCAGAGAGUCACAUGACCGGGACUUCAUCCGCCGGGUCCUCGCCAAGGAGUGCCCCAUCUGCCUGUCUGUAUUUCCCCACAGCAAGAUGCAGUCACUGACCUCCUGUCAGUGCUCGGUGUGCUGUGACUGCUUCCAGCAGCACUUCACCAUCGCCGUGAGAGACAAGCACAUCAGAGACAUGGUCUGUCCCGUCUGCUGGGAGCCGGACAUCAACGACCCCGAGCACCUCAACAGCUACUUCAGCACCCUGGACAUCCAGCUGCGGGACUGUCUGGAUCCAGAGGUGUAUGAUCUCUUCCACAAGAAGCUCACAGAGCAGGCUCUCAUCAAGGACCCCAAGUUCCUCUGGUGCAGUCAUUGCUCGUAUGGGUUCAUCUAUGAUGGAGACCAGCUGAAGGUCACCUGUCUCCAGUGCAGGAACAGCUUCUGCGCCCAGUGCAAGAAACCCUGGGAGUCCCAGCAUGCCGGACUCUCCUGCGAGCAGUUCCAGUCCUGGAAGAGGGAGAACGAUCCGGAAUACCAGAGACAGGGCCUGGCUGGCUACCUGCGUGACAACGGCAUCAUCUGUCCAAACUGCAGGUUUCAGUACGCUCUCUCCAAGGGAGGCUGCAUGCAUUUCUGCUGCUCUCAGUGCAGAUACCAGUUCUGCAGUGGAUGCAACAACCCCUUCCACACAACGUGUACGGUGGCUCAGUGCAGUGUCACUGGCCUACAUGCCCAUCACCCUCGAGACUGCCUGUUCUACCUGAGAGACUGGGAGCCACCACGUCUACAGGCUCUGCUGCAGAAGAGUGGCGUUGCGUUCGACACAGACCCACCCCAUGGAACACAGGCUGGGCUGUGUGGAGUGAUGGAGCAGAAGGAUGAGGGGGGGCGGCAGGUGGACUCUCCCUGUGGAGUUCAGACGCAGCCUGGGCAAGCAGGACUGUGCGACAAACACUACAGGGAGUACCUGGUCAGCCUGAUCAACGGCCACUCCAUUGACCCCGCCGCUCUCUUCACGGCCAAUGAGGUGACAGUGGCCUGCAGGAGAUACCAAGUGGAAGACCGGCGGGGGGAGGCUGAAGACGACCGGGCGUACUACUCUAGGCUACAGCGGAAGCUGAUGGAGGAAGUUCCAUUGGGCGACAAGGUCCCCCGCAAGAAAUGAACAAGAAGAACUUUUAACGCGUUUUCUGUUUUUAACAAACAAACAAACAAACAACUGAAAAGACAAUGGGACAGUUUUACGGUUCCUUGGAGGGGCCCGAGGGUCAUUCUGUGAAGUAACAUUUCCCUCUGUGCAACCCCUAUUUUCUCAAUUUCCUCCAUGUUGAUAACUCAAAUGAUAGUUUCCUGAGCAGUAUGUCUGUCUUUAAGUGCUGGUCAGUCCAAAACAUCAGUUUUACACAUGUUAUUAUCAGUGUGCACGAUAUAACUGUAUGUGUGCAAUUUUCAACCUGGGAUUCAUUAGACACGAGAUUACACAUCUCUUCAGUGGAUUUGCAUGAUUGUAUUUUGCUGCUUGAGUGCAUAAUAUGUUUUUUAAAGCUAUUUUCAAUCACUUUAAUUGCAUGUUUAUUUAUUAUUUGCUUGUUUGACACAAUUGAACAUUGGUGCACUGUGCAGUGCAUUAUUUGGACUGCUUGUAUCUUAUAGUUUCCGUCACAAAGCGAAGGUUAUAAAAGUAAAUGAUACCUCACAAGUA